AUGUGGGGCGUUGUGCAUCUUGAUGAGAAAUGGUUCAAUGCCUACAAGGAUCGCCAAAAAGUGCACCUUGUGAAAGGCCAGACAAUCGGUCGACGAACAUCGAAGAGCAAGCGGUUCAUCGCGAAAGUCAUGUUUUUGGCGGCGGUCUCGCAUCCACGAUUCGAUUGUGAGCGAGGAGUCAUGUUUGAUGGAAAGUUCGGGAUGUGGCCCAUUGCGAAGCGCGUACCUGCCGCACGCAACUCCCGCAACCGUCCUGCUGGCACGCUUGUGACUACAGUGGUGAACGUUGAUGCUGCUGUGUGUUGUGACUUUGUGAUGACUCGAGUCAUACCAGCAAACAAGGCCCGAAUCCCAAGUUCCAACAAGCAACUGGGCUUCUUCGCAUCGAUCCAGUCGCUACAAUCCAAGGUUGUGAGUCGAUCGGUCGAUGGCGUGAUUAGCUUGACCUUGGCGGCAUUCCUAGCGCUCUGCUCAGAGAAGCUCGGGAACGUGUUCCUCGCCUUCCAGGCCGUCAUGCGCCUUGUGCUGGAGCACAAUGGUGACAACCGCUUUCGCUUACCUCAUCUGAAGAAGGACACUAUGCGACGCGCCGGGACCCUCAUGACAAAUGUAACUUGCCCUGUGUCCCUUUUGGACUAA